AUGCGCUGCUUCUACCGCAGUGGCGUUGAGUGCACGAACGACGUGCAGGAUCUGCUGCCGGCGGCGCGCAGCCCCCAUGCUCACCACGUGAGGCUCGCGUUCGGCGGAGACCCGGCUGAGGUGCUCUGCCGCAGCGGCGACGCGGCGACGCGCAAGCGGUAUACGUGGCUCGAGAAGGCGUUGGCCCGAGUCACGGACGCCCAGCGGGAGGCGUUUGUUCGCACGGAUGUGGUGCUCGACGGAGAGCGCCUCGUGCACGACGCGUCCACUUGCGAGCUGCUCGUGUACGAUGAGUGCGAGACGCGCGAGGGCAAGUACGACGAGCUCGGCACGGGCCGCGGCAUCUCGGCCUUCGGCACCAUCUUCUGGCUUCGCACGAGCGAGGACGGGUCGCCGUCGCGGUACUCGCGGCGCGACGCGCGGCGGCACUACGAGGUCAAGGUCUUUGAUGUGCUGCGGUACGGCGACGAGGACGUGCUGCACCGGCCGUUUCACGAGCGGCGCGCGCUGCUCGAGUGCUUCAUCGCGCUGCCCCACUACCUCGAGCUCACAAACGCCGAGCGCGUCGACUUGUCUGCGCCGGAGCGCCCCCUCGAGUCCGCCUUUAAGGCGGCGCGGGAUGCCGGCGAGGAGGGCCUGAUGGUGAAGGCGGCCGACAAGCCCUAUGCGCCAAACGCCCGCAACAACGUGCUGAAGGUCAAGGCGGAGUUCAUCGAGGGCCUCGGCGACACCCUCACCCUGUUGCUCCUCGGCGCGCGAGCGCCGCGCUGGCUCGGGCCCGCACCCGUCCCGGACUCGAGGUCCGUCGCGGACUCGCCAAAGGGCAAUCGGCACCGCCUCGUCGAGUUCGCGAUUGGCGCGCGCUCGACCGCUGGCAUCUCGAAAGUGGCGCCGACGGCCGGCGAGGAGGACUGUGUGCGGUGGCUCUUCAACAGUUCUCCGCUCGCAUGGCAGGGCGCUCUCGGACAGGUCGACCUCGACCGGCUCUGGCGGCGGCUGACGCAGGGCCCAACCCCGCUGAUGCGGCGGCUCCGCGCGGACGAGGAGCCGCCGGCGUGGAUGCUGGACUGCCCGACCGGCGGGACGGUGCGGCCGCACUACGUCCUGGUCGACCCGGCGGCGGCGCCGCUUGUCGAGGUGCGCGGCUCGCGGUUUCUUCGGCGCUACGACAUCGACACCGACGCGUCCUCGAACAAGAACAUCCCGUGGACUCUGCGGUUCCCCCGCGUGAUGAAGUGGUGCGAGGCCACCGACGGGGUCGUCGCGGACACGGUGCGCUCCUUCCGCGAGAAGGCCGUCCUUGCCUUCAGCCACAGCGCCCCUCACAACACCACAAGCUGCCCCGACGAAGACGACUCGGAGGAGGAGGGGGAGGAGGAGUCCGAGGCCGAGCCUCCCCUGCUGCAGCCCAAGCCGCUGAGCUGGCAGCCCAGGCCGGGCCGGCCUUGGUUUCAAGCCGAAUCGCGUGACGACGGUCCGUCCGCCGCUGCGAGCUCGUCCAUGCCGCCGUCGGCCUCGCUGGUGGGUGCGGCGGGGACGCGCUCCGGCGGCCCGGGCGCCAACAGUAGGAAGCGGCCGCUCAUCGCAGACAUGUAUCAGGGUUGGGAGUCGGGCGACACCCCGCCCGACUUAGAUGCGUGGGCGGCAGGCCAGUACGAAGGUAGAUGA